AGGUGAAUGAGGACAAGAUGAAAUAUCUCCUGUCAUCAAGCAAACAGUCUGCGCAUUCGCGUCUUGGCUCCCACGUCACUGUUGACAGUCAUAACUUCGAGGUCGUAGAUAAUUUCGUAUACCUGGGAACGAGCAUCAACAACACGAACAAUGUCAGCCUCGAAAUCCAGCGUAGAAUAACUCUUGCCAACAGGUGCUACUUUGGACUGAGUAGGCAAUUGAACAGUAAAGUCCUCUCUCGACAAACCAAAAUCAAGCUCUACAAGUCGCUUAUCAUUCCCGUCCUGCUUUACGGUGCAGAAGCUUGGACGAUGUCAACAUCAGAUGAGACGACACUAGGAGUUUUCGAGAGGAAAAUUUUGCGCAAGAUUUAUGGUCCUCAGAACAUUGGCAACGGCGAAUACCGCAGACGAUGGAACGAUGAGCUGUACGAGUUAUACGACAACAUUGACAUAGUUCAGCGAAUAAAAAGACAGCGGCUACGCUGGCUAGGUCAUGUUGUCCGAAUGGACGAAAACACUCCAGCCCUGAAAGUGUUCGAUGCAGUACCCGCCGGAGGAAGACGAGGAAGGGGAAGGCCUCCACUCCGUUGGAGGGACCAGGUGGAGAGCGACCUGGUUACACUUGGGAUCUCCAACUGGCGCCGAACUGCGAAGGAGAGAGAGAGGUGGCGCACUAUCGUCGAUUCGGCUAUAACCGGCUAAACGGUUGCAACGCCAAUCACAUACAUACAAUAUUAGGUAUAUGGGAGCUAGGGGAAGUUUCGACCCGAUUUAACCGUUUUUGGUACAGAGACACACUAUUAGAAGAAAAGGAAUUUCUAAUAAUAUUAAACUAUCUUAGAGAUUUAAAGACAUUUUCGAUACAAAUUAUCCAGAGUUCUUCUUGUUCGAUAUCUGAGGACUUGAAAAUUUAUGGUUCGAUUUCGAAAAUUAUUUCCAUAAGUGAUGCCACACCUUAAAUACCGUGUUUGUAUAAAAUUUUGUUGCGUUAUCUUCAUUGGUUCUAGAUAUUGUAAAGUGAACGAAUCAGAUGGACUUGAGAAUUGUAUUAUGUGAGAAGUAGGCGUGGUUGUCAACCGAUUUUCCUCGUAUUCCAUCGGUAAUAUCACGGUUUUAAGAAAAUAAUAUACUAAAUCUCAUUAAAAUUGGUCGAGUAGUUCUUGUAAUAUGAUUUUUAACCCAAAAGUGGGCGACGCCACACCCAUUUUUCAUUUUUUUUUAAUUUGAUUCCCACCAUUUCUUCUGUAAAAUUAUGUGUUUCUGACGUUUUUCUUUCACUUUUAGUAGAAAUGAAAAUGUUGAAUCCCAGAAAAUUCUAUAGCUGAUAUUAAUAAGCCAAUGGAAUACCGGAAUGACGUUAUUUCUUGUGAAAAAAAAACGAAGAUAAUAAUAUUUUGUUGGUACAUUAUAGGUAUGUAUAGCGAAUUUGAUACGUUCAUCAAUUUUAUAUAUAUUCAAUGUGGUAAUCUAGAAAAUGAAGCCAUAUUGGCUACAAUUUUUUUUUGUAUUUUGGAGACUUGUUUUUUUCAAAAAACCGGCUAUGACUUUUACGAAAAAACUCCAUGCUUCAGAUUCAUACUGUAUCAUUGUGUUCCGGAACAAUCUGUCCGAUUUCAAUGAUGGAAUUUGUGGGCCUACAAAAAUGCCUUAUGUUUAGUACAAGUCAUUAGCGGUUUAAAUCAGGAUUUGCAGCACCGCAAAAGUAACAGUCGUCUGUGUAGGGGAAAAAAACUAUGUUUUGUUGCCUCCAUACCAAAGGACUCCCAAAAGGUAAAGAGCUACGUGUACCUUUCCUCCUUUUACUCAGUAGUUCGACUUACUAAGCGCCAAACUUUGUUUGACGCCUAAGGUGUGUCCUGAUCAUCGAGCUUUACACCGAAGAAAGCGUGGUAAACUUUUUAUUAAUAUCAACGUAUGAUUUGACCUUAAUUUAGGAUAAUAUAACCACUAUAUAGGCUAAUUCGGAUGCCCUUUUCAAUUUCCAAAUUUCAAUAUUGUCAGUUUGUUAUUUCGAGAUAUAAAACUGUAUGUCAUCUGCUGUAGUAUUCUUACAUAUAACACAUUUUGCUGGUAGUAUUACAACCAAAUUUUUGACAGCAGACUCAGACAGACAGUUGUUAGUGGGCGGGUAUUGGUAGUUUUUCGUGUGCACUUUGGAUAUAAAAUAUAGACGGCUUAUUUCCUUGAGCGCAAGGGAAAUGGAGGAAUGGGCGAAAGUGCACCAGCUGUGAAAGUGUUCGAUGCAGUACCCGCUGGUGGAGGCCGGGGAAGAGGGAGGCCUCCACUCCAAUGGAAGGACCAGAUGGAGAAGGACCUGUCUUCACUUGGUAUUACCAAUUGGCGCUAAACUGCCAAAAAGAUAGAUGCGUGGUGCGCUGUUGUCUACGCCAGUCAAGAAGAAGAAGCAAGGGAAAGCAAUAUUAAUAAGAUCAUUGCCUGCAGAAGAAUAGGUCGACCCUUCAUCCGUCGGACGUUUACAUUUAGAAAAAGCUUCCGAAUUAGCUUCUGGUUCAUUUAGACAUGUGUCUCUGUGCCAAAAAUGGAUGAAAUCAGGCCAAUAUUUCCACUAGCACCCAAAUACCUAUUAGGGUUUUCAAACAUCCGGUGGGCUCUAUACCGCAUAUGUCGGUUAAUAUGUGAGAUAUCUAAAAAAAUUAAGUGAGCCUGUAGUCUUGGAUAUAGUGUAGCAUGAUGGUGCAAAUGAGUGAUAUCGGUUCAGGAAUUACCGCAAUCCUCAUAUACUAUAUACAUAUAAUGAUUUUCCUUUUUUUAGUUGACUUCCUGCUGAAUAUAAGGGUCAAAUUGUGUGUUAUCUUGAUAAAACUAUAUCAAUAUAUUGCGAGAGUAUACAAUUCGGUUACUCCCGAACUUAGCCCUUUCUCUCUCGUUUGAUAUAAAUUUGUAACGUACAUUGUAUGGUUCCGUGAUAAAAUGAGUUCAUCGUGCGAAUGCGUUAGAAUAUACAAUAUUCGCUUAGGAAAGCUCCUGUAAUUAGCUUAAUUAAAACCUCACUCACCAACGCAUAAUGGACGAAAUCACCAAUCUGGCACGGAUUAAUUAAUAACUUCUGCACGAAAAGAACAAUCUCUGUUCUGUUUUUAUAAAAAACUUAUUCGAAGUCAGAAUUAUCCAAACGACAGUUGCACGGAAGGUAAUUUUCAGCUGCAAGUAACGGUUUCACAUCUCCGUCCAAUUUAAUAGUUAAGCUCCAGUUACCGAUACUUCACUUGACCUAGAGAGACUUGAUAACUGUCACAUAAAAGAUCCGUUUAAUGGGCCUUGCAUGUAUUUGAUUACCGAACGCUUGACUUGACUUGAAAGUCUGUUGAAUUUAGAAUUUCAAGUUAAGUUGACAUUUCAGAGAGUGGCAUCUUUGCUCUCUCCCUUUAUUUUGACAUUUCAGAGAGUGACAGCUCAGUUAUUUCGCUUGCUUUUUUGAUAGCACGCUUCAUUUCAUUUUCAUCAUUUCAUUUUCAUAAUCUCAUUUAAUUUUCUAUAUUUAAUUUGCCAUUUGAUAAAUAAUCCGAAUAAACACAAUGAAUGAUGAAAAAUUAAUAGAAGAAGUGCGGGCGCGUGAAAUUUUAUAUAACAAGGCCUGCGUAGGCUACCGAGUGCCGAGCCGGAAGAGGGACGCGUGGGUAAGCGUGGCGAAGGAGCUAGGUGCUACUGAUGUUAAUAGUUUAAGUUCUGUUUAUUUUACGGAAGAGCAGUGCUCGAAGAGGUGGCUGACUCUAAGGGAAAGAUUCAGUAGGGAGGUAAGGAAAAUGGAGGCACCAUCAGGAAGUGGGGCGAGUGACGCCGAAACCUGGCCAUUGUUCGAUAAUAUGAGCUUUUUAAAACAAUAUAUACAGCCCAGACCAAAUCGUUGCACCACAAACAUUUUAGAUGAUAUGUUUUCGCAGGAGCUGUUGGAGCCAAUUAGUUUUGAAUGUUCUCAGACUAAUUUAUCGUCGCCUUCGGAGUUGUCGUUUUCAACUCCGAUCCGGAAAAGAGUAAAGAAAACAAACAGCGAUGACGACGGCUGCUUCAAAGAAGCGUGCGAGCUAUACAAAAGCAUGUGUGCAGAGAGGAGCAAAGGCAGCGAGGCGGUGAGGUCGUUUGGUGUUAUGUUGACCUCUAUCAUGAACGAUAAUAACAUAAAACAAAUAAAAGCAAUACAAGUUUUAACAAAUUCAUUAUUUGCUAUUAAAUCGGAACCCGAAUAAUUUUUUUUAAUUUAAAUGUUUAAAAGGCUUGUUACCUAGACGUAAGAAACAACGAUGUAUCUCAUUUUUCAAAAAUAGUUUUAAAAUGUUUAAAACGCUUGUUACCUAGACGUAAGAAACAACAAUGUACCUCAUUUUUCAAAAAUAG